UAGACAAGUAGAACCUAUUGCUAAAAUAGCAAACGGGUUACGAGAUGUACCUUGUAUGAAUAACUAGGAUAAAUUUAUAUUUCAGCAUAUUCUUAGUUUCGUAUCUGAAAAGAAUAUGGCUGUGUGUCAGCGUGUAUGAAUUUAAUAAAUAUAAGUUUUAAUUAAAGUCUCUCGAAAUGACUGCUGAACAUGCUAUAGAAGCUGAAAAUAUAGCUUCCCAGAAAGAGAACGCUACAAAAGAUGAAAGCAAACAGUUUGGAGAAGAGUCGUCUUUGGACAAAGUGGCUUUGAAUAAUAAGAUUGUUACAAUGCGACAGACAACUAAGAAAUCUAAAUCACACGUAUUGGCCAAAUUGAUUCGACAGUUGAAACAGUUAAAAAAUAAAACCAAUGAAAAGGCAGAAAUCGCGGAGAAAAACAAAAAGAACUCUGAAACAUUAGUAAAAGAAAUAGCUGCCUUGAAGAAAUUAAAACCUGAUACCAUUUCUAGGUUUGUGCUGGGUAACACAUUGACAUUUGUUCAGCUUAGUUCAAAGGGAUUUCAGACUAUUGAGAGCCGAACAUUGGCACGCUUUGCAAAUGAAUCCCAGCUUCAGAAGUCUGUAGCCGAAUUCCGGGAAAACCAUCCAGAUUGGAAGUCUUUAGCUGCUUUCCUUCAGACACAAAGUACUGGUCGUCAGAUUAAGAAGACCAAAAACACUAAAAGUAAAGCAGAAAAGAAAGUAAAUAUCCAGGCAAAGAAAGCUUUGGUGUCUAACUUCCUUGAUGAAAAAGUUAAUGAAAUAGCAAGUGAUGGUGAUGGGGAGGAGGGAGAAGAGGAAGAGGAGGUCGCCUCAGGGGGUAAGAGUUUGAUGCAAGAAUGCAACGAGGAUUCUUCAAAGCAGCCCAAAGAAAACAUACCAUCUGAAUCUAACGUGAAAGAGACCAAAAAAAUUAAAGAAGCGGGUGGGAAAUCGAAAGACAAACAGGUGACAGGUGUUAAAUUGAAAUGCAAAGAGGAAAAUGAAUUAAAAUCUAAAGAUGCACAGGUGACAAGUGUAAAACCAAAGCAAAAAGAGAAACCGGAUGUAAAAUCAAAAAACAAACAAUGUAAAGAAAGCACAAAUAAUGGAAAUGUAAAAGAUGCUGCGACAAACAAAAGCAAAAAACAAAUGGUUGUAAAAAGAAUUAAUCUGGAUGAUUUUGGAAAUGAUGAUAUUUUUGUCAGCAAUGAUUUGUUGGGGACAAAUUCUUCAGAUAGCAAUCAAACGUCAGAACGUGAUCUUUUUGCCACAGCAUCACAUGCAUCUAAUUUCUCUGAAGACUCUUCGAGAAAUUUCCAAGAUGAAGACAAUGACACUCCAGUAUUCGCUAACCAUUCUAUGUUUAUGUCUCUCUCUGACCCAAUAGAUUCAACAACAGAAGGAACACGAUUCGGUGGCAGAGGUGGCAGGCGUGGUUAUGGCUCAUCGUUUGGUCGAUCAAGUUAUUCUGAGUAUGGAAAAAGAGGAGGAGGUGGGCGAGGAACAUCGACGUACAGAGACCAAGACAAUACAGGGUACAGAGGGAGAGGCGCUGGAUAUAACCGAGGCCAAGGGAGAGACGGUAGACCUAAUCAAGAAGGAUUUGACCAAGGAAGAAGGGGUCGAGGAGGAAGAGGAGGAGACUCAGGAUAUGGACGGGGCCGAGGAGGAAGGGGAGGAGACUCAGGAUAUGGAAGGGGUCGAGGGGGAAGAGAAGACUCAGGAAAUAGACAAUUUGGAAGAAAUGAUACUUUUACCAACAAAAGAGAUUUUCAUGAAAGAAAUUCAUUUCAGAAAGGAAACUCCAACACAAAAGACAACAAAGGUGUUUCCAGUAAAACGUUACACCCUUCCUGGGAAGCCAGUCGGAAAAGAAAACUAGAAAUAUCCGGUGUAAAUGCAUUUCAAGGUAAAAAAAUAACAUUUAGCGAUGAUUAAAAAUAUUUUUUCUACAUA